AUGUCAGAUGGGCCGGCUACUCAUCUGCUAUCGUUGAAGGUAAUGCGGGUGUCUAGGCCCGCAUUAGCUAGCGCAUGGCAGCCAUUCUACUCGUCAUCCCCCUCAUUCUCAGCACAUUCCACUUCUUCAAUCUUGUCUCUACAAGGAACAAACCCACUUCCCGGCUAUCCAAAGACUCUUCGAGAUCUAACACAAGCAUCGGAGCUGCUGACUUUGCCUUCUUCAUUUGGUUCAAUUCAAUUAGGAGAAACUUUUUCUAGUUGUCUGUCCGUAAAUAAUGAGGCAACCACAGAAAUAGACUCUGUCGCUUUGAAAGUAGAAAUGCAAACAGCUACGUCGAAACUGAUCCUGGCGGACAUCGGAGGGACCGAUACAAGUCUAUCUCCAGGAGACACACUAGAGAACGUCGUCCAUCAUGAAAUCAAAGAAUUGGGUCAACAUGUUCUUGCAUGCACCGUUUCCUAUCGCUUCAAUCCACAGAGCUCUCGCACUGCGCCUACGUCUGAAGAAACUUCUGAUUCCAAUAUUCUCACGUUCAGGAAGUUCUAUAAAUUCGUCGUUACGAAUCCACUCUCUGUCAAGACCAAAGUACACGCUCCCAGAUCCCCUUCAGCCCUAAUGGUGCCUUCCGAACGUGAUAAGGUUUUUCUCGAAGUCCAUAUUCAAAAUCUCACUCCGGAGUCAAUUUGGUUUGAGCGGAUGCAUUUCGAGGCCGCAGAGAGCUGGGAUGCACGCGAUGCGAAUCUAAUCAACGUCAACGGAGAACAACAAUCUUUGUACAUGGGCUCGACUGCGUUGAUGCAACCACAGGACAUGCGACAGUACAUCUACAUUCUCAGCCCGAAAUCUAUUCACCUCGAACCAGUAGUGUACUCCCCAGGUGCCGUCAUCCCACUGGGCCGGCUAGAUAUUUCAUGGAGAUCAUCGUACGGCGAACCAGGGCGUCUUCUCACAUCUAUGCUGACUCGACGAAUACCCCUUGUACCUCAGCCUGUUCAGCCUCAACCUGCUUCUGCUCUUCCACCCUAUUUGAAAAGGCAAAGUACAUCUGCAACUCCUCCAGCACGACCUAGGUCACCACAACUCGUUCAAUCUCGUCCCAGUUCUCCGACACCACGAUCCAAUUCUCCUGUACCAUAUAGAGCUCGUGCGUCUUCCGUGAUUUCGGGAUUUUCGCAGAUUCCUCUAUCACCGCAACCGCCCGCUAGCGUCAUCCCCACUACGACUAUUGAAGCGCAUUUGCUCGUUAGAGAUAUCGCUCACGGUACUAUCGCUGUCGGAAAAAAUUUCAAAGUUGCGCUUAGCCUCGUUCUAUCUUCCCUGCUAGCAUCAGAUAGGCAACGACAAAAAUUACAACUGUCUCUGGUGAUACAGCAUAUAGGGUUUCCUCCGACGUCAGGUUUUGCUGGUCUUUCCGUCCCCAAACCCGCACAAUUACCACCGCCCGACUCUUCAUCGCUGAGCCCUCGUUCUCUAUCCUCCCUGGGCUUCUCUUCCCCAUCCCCAACCUACACUACAUUCAACUACCCACUUGCACAUCAGAAGCUCCUCGAAGCGUCCCAAGUACAAUCGGCAACCAGAGAAUCUUCGAUAGAUGGACCUCUCAAACCUUCCGAGAAUAUGAAAUCUUUACCUCCACCUUAUUUUGAAAAAGUGGACGAGUCAAAGAGGCUUAAGAUGACUAUGGUGACGUUCAGUGGUCCAUCAGCCAUUGUUUUACCUCCUAUUGAGCUGGUACCUUCAUCCAAAUCCUAUACCGUUGAAUCGUCAGAUUCACAGCCAGGAGGAUUGCGCCCAACGUCGAAACAUCUGGCAACGCUUGAUUUCGAAUUGGAUUAUGUUGCACUGCGGAGAGGAUUUGCGAUGGUGGGAGGUCUGAGGCUGUUGUUAGUCGGUGAAAAGUUUGUUGAUGAUGAUGCGGACAAGGAGGAUGAUGAUGGGCAGAGCCUUGUUCCAAAGAUCCUGGAGAUCAGAUCGUUGAAGGAGUGGAAUGUUGUUGCUGAGGUGUUGGUAUCUUAA